GUUUAAGGAAUAAGAUAAUCGAAGCAUUUUCUGAUUAACUACAGGAACAAGGCACUGAUAGUUAACUCAUCAAUGGCGAUCCAGCAGCAACAACCACCGGCAACAUCACCGCACCUAUCUCCUCCGCCGCGUACCGCCACCGCGGACCUCUUCGGCGAUCCAAUCGACUCACAUCCCUUAUGGUUCAAGCAAUCCUCAUUCCUCAGCCCUAAUUUCGACUCCGAAUCCUACAUCUCCGAUCUACGAACCUUCGUCCCUUUCGAAACCCUAAGAUCGGAGCUUCAAUCACAUCUCUCGUCUCUCAAGCACGAACUCGUGGAACUAAUCAACAGAGAUUACGCUGACUUCGUGAAUCUCAGCACGAAACUUGUUGACGUUGAUGCUGCUGUUUUGCGUAUGCGAGCACCGUUGAUUGAGAUCCGUGAUAAGAUAGUGGCGUUUCGUGGUGCUGUUGAAGGAUCGCUUGUGUCGUUGCAGGGUGGGCUUAGGCAGAGAGCCGAGGCGUCUGCUGCUAGAGAGAUCUUGGAGCUUUUGAUUGAUACUUCUCAUGUUGUGUCUAAGGUUGAGAAACUGAUAAAGGAGCUGCAUAAUGUGCCCGUUGAUGGCUCAAAUGGAGAUCUACACACUGCAGAAAAGGGUCAUUUAAGUAAUGGUGUCUCUAUACAACAUGCUGAAAUUGGAGCAAAUCUUAGAGAAACUCAAAGCAUGCUUUUAGAAAGAAUUGCUAGUGAAAUGAACAGGCUAAAGUUCUACUUUGCUCAUGCGAAGAACCUGCCUUUUAUUGAAAACAUGGAAAAAAGGAUACAAAAUGCCAGCUCAUUAUUGGAUACAAGUUUAGGACACUGUUUUAUCGAUGGAUUAGUACACAAGGAUGAAAAUGCAGUAUACAAUUGCUUACGUGCUUAUGCUGCUGUGGAUAACACACGAAAUGCAGAAGAAAUAUUUCGGUCAACAAUUGUGGCUCCAUUAGUUCAGAAAGUGAUUCCAUACACUUCCUCUGGAGUUGUUGGUGGGCUCACCGGGGACGAUCUUGAAGAAGACUAUAAACAAAUUAAACAGCUUAUUGCAGAAAACUGUAUAUUUUUGUUGGAGAUUUCUUCUACAGAAAAUUCUGGUUUGCAUGUAUUUAGCUUCCUUGCUAAUUCAAUACUUAAGGAGGUUCUUUACGCAAUCCAACAGGGAAAGCCAGGGGCCUUUUCGCCCGGAAGACCUACCGAAUUCUUGAAAAAUUAUAAAGCAAGUCUAGGUUUUCUUGCUGAUUUAGAAGGAUAUUGUCCUUCCAGAUCUGCUGUCAGCAGCUUUCGAGCCGAGGCUGUAUAUGUAGAUUUCAUGAAACAAUGGAACAUUGGGGUGUAUUUCUCAUUAAGGUUUCAAGAAAUUGCUGGUUCUUUAGAUUCUGCACUUGUAGGUUCUAGUUUGACCCCAAUUCAGAGAUCAGGAUUGACAUUAAAGCAAAGUGUUACUCUUUUGGAAUGCCUCAGAUCCUGCUGGAAAGAAGACGUUCUUGUUAUAUCUAUUUCUGACAAAUUUCUUCGGUUAACAUUGCAACUCAUAUCUAGAUAUGCAAAUUGGUUGUCAGCUGGACUAUCUGCUCGUAGAACCCGUAAUUCCGGCUCUAAUUCUCCAUAUGAAUGGGCACUUGCUGCUUCUCAUGAGGAUCUUGUUUAUAUAAUUAACGAUUUAGAUAAUCUAGCUGCGGAGGUUUGCGGCAACUAUAUUGGACAUGUGUUUGACGCUAUUAAAACAUCUACUACAGAAGACGUACUUGAUCUUGUUAAAAACAGCAUUUCACAAGGUGGCAAAUCUCUUAAAGACCUUGUCCCUUCUGUGAUUGAUUCCAUCAUUGACACUCUAGUUGAUAAGUCUAAUGAGGAAUUAAAACAACUGCAUGGAAUAGUUGCUGCUUACAGAAUGACUAAAAAGCCGCCUCCUGUAAGGCAUUCCCAUUAUGUGUCAGGCGUUUUGCGACCCUUGAAGGUUUUUCUGGAUGGUGAACGGGCCACCACAUAUCUGACAGAAGAUGUUAAAGGUAAACUCGUGCAAGGUGCUGCAUUCAAGAUUACUGGUCGGUAUCAUGAGAUGGCUGCUGAUAUCGUUAACACGGCAAGAAAAACAGAGACUUCACUUCAGAGAAUACGUUUAGGUGCUCAAAGGCGAGCUGGUGCCAGCUCAGACGUAUCAGACGUCUCGGACCAUAACGUUUCUGACACAGAGAAAAUAUGCAUGCAGUUAUUUCUAGACAUUCAGGAAUACGGGCGUAACCUUGCGACGCUAGAGGUUGAAGCAGCCAAAAUUCCAGCAUAUUGUUCAUUGUGGCAGUUGGUUGCACCUCAAAAUAGACAAGCGGAAAUAAGCUUCUAGUUUUUUUUUUUUUUUUUUUGAGAUUUCGUUAUUACACAAAAAUACAUUUCUGGUGCGGCUACUUAUGUUUUACAUUUCCUGUAAGAUUGUUUUGCUGGCGGUCCUGUUACAAUAUAUAGUUUUGUUUGGUCAUUCUUACUAAUAAUUGUAUCGAAGACAGUUUUGUAAUUAGUGUGAUGAUUUAUCUUUAUAUGCUUUGAACCCA